AUGUUUCCUGAUGUGCAGCUGUCUUCAACACCAGUAAGGGGCUCAGUCUUCAGGCCCAGUAAGAGACCUCGUCUGGUGUUAGAUGAGGAAGAAGAAUCAGAAUUAAAUGUCGAACCCACCGAUUCCACAUAUAACCCAGAUUCUGUUGUUACUGAAGAAUCAGAAUUGGCGAUAGAUCCACAGCCUGACCACAGCAAUAACAAAUACAUUGUUUUUGAAAGCUGUCUUCGAGAGCUGUUUGUGUCCUGUCCAAUUUGUAAGACAAAGUGUGUUGUCCAGAGCGGACGAAGGGGGACUUUUGUUGCAUUCACCCAGCUUUGUGAAAAGUGUAACUACUACAGACAGUGGCAGAGCCAGCCCAUUGUAGGGAGUACCCCACUUGGAAACCUGCUAUUGUCUGCUGCAACGUAUUUUACCGGUGGAUCUUUUAAACAACUAGAGAAGAUUUUCAAGGCCAUGAAGCUCCAGAUGAUGCAUUUCGUAACUUUUAGGAUUCAUGCCAGGAAUUUCAUUGAGCCUACCAUAAUACACAAGUGGAACCAAGAUCAACUGAAUCUUAUAAGACAGCUGCAAGAGGGAGGAAAUGUUGCUGUGGCUGGAGAUAUGCGUGCUGACACGCCAGGACACUCAGCAAAAUUUGGCAGCUACACCAUUAUGCACAUGGAAACCAACAAAAUUCUGCAUCUUCAACUAGUUCAGGUUAGUAAUUAA